AUAACAAUCCAUCAUCAAAGAAAAUGGUAUGAUAAGACAGAUAAAUGUAACUUUUAUAGUACCGUCACUCGUCUAGAAACUAGUUGGCUAAUUAAAGUUGUCCAGAAGAGCGACAACAUGGCCAACAUCAUCCAUUUUGCGACCCUAUUUUUGGUAUUCUGUACUACAUUUGCCCAAGACAACUACCGAUUAAGUACCACAGUCCGUCCAUCUCACUACGAAGUCGAAUUAACCCUUUUUCCAGGAUUCGGCCCGAGCGCGUCCUUUUCAGGAAGUGUACAAAUUACUUUGUCCACUUCUGCGUCAGUUUCAGAGUUUGAAGUUCAAUCUAGUAGUUUAACUUACAGCAAUAUACAUCUUUACGAUGUCGCCGAUGCCACGCAGGCUAAUUUGACAGACAGUUAUAGCGAAAAUGCAACUUAUGAUAAACUGACAAUUAGAACAUCAACCGAUUUGGCGGUUGGAAGAACCUACAUCCUUUCAGCCACUUAUACUGGAAUAUUGCACGAUGACAUGAACGGAUUUUACAGAAGUUCUUAUAGAGAUACCAACAGAACUACAAGAUGGCUUGCAACAACUCAGUUCCAACCCACCUAUGCUCGAAGAGCUUUACCAUGUUUCGACGAACCAAGUUUCAAAGCUACUUUCAAUAUAUCCAUUAUUCAUCCACAAGAUGUCCAUGCCAUCGGUAAUACGCCCAUCAUCUCUUCAGAAACAUAUGACCCAACUUUGGGACUAAAUAAAACAACAUUCCAACAAACUCCGAUAAUGUCCACGUAUCUAGUCGCAUUCGUUGUAUCCGAUUUUACCGGUUUAACCAACACUUCGGUCAAUUAUGGGGUAUAUGCUGCACCCCAUCUCAGUAACACUCUCCAAUAUGCGUUUGAUGUUGGCCCAAGGCUACUUACAGAAAUGGGGAACUUUAUAAACUACCCAUAUCUAAACUCUGGAAUUGGUAAACUGGAUCAGGUUGCCAUUCCCGAUUUUUCAGCGGGAGCUAUGGAAAAUUGGGGACUUAUUACUUAUAGGGAGAGUCGAUUGCUGUUUGACCAGCAAGAGUCAACAUUUUAUAGCAGGAAAAGUAUCGCAUCAGUUAUUAUGCACGAAAUUGCUCACAUGUGGUUUGGAGAUUUGGUAACAUGUGAUUGGUGGUCAUAUACCUGGCUGAAUGAAGGAUUCGCAAGAUAUUUUCAAUACUUUGGAACGGCAUGGGUUGAAACCGAAAUGGAAUUAGAUAAACAGUUUGUUGUGGAACAAUUACAAGCCGUUUUUGCAAGUGAUGCAUCAACUUCUUCUGCAGCACUUAACUCGGGUUGUUCUUCACCAGGGCAAAUCAGCGGUAAAUUCGGCACAAUCAGUUACAAUAAAGGUAGCUCUAUCAUUAGAAUGGUAAGGUACUUUCUGGGAUAUAACAACUGGAGGUCAGGCCUCAUAGACUAUAUAUCAGCGCGCCAAUUUUCUACAGGAAUCCCCGAUCAACUGUAUUCUGCGUGGUCAAAUUACGCUCAAUCGUUGCCUUCAGGAUUAUCCUUGUCGACAAUUUUAAGAAGCUGGACUGACGUAGGAGGUUUUCCUCUAGUAAAAGUAUCAUUAUCUGGUAACGACGCAGUCAUCACGCAGCAACAAUUUCUACUAAAUUCUUCGCAAUCAUCGAACAGAGAAUGGUACGUACCCCUUACCUAUACCACCUCCCACGAACGGAAUUUCGACAAUACAACAGCGUCUUAUUGGUUGAGGCCGGGACAAAACGUAACAAUUCCCAAUAUCCUUCACGGUGGAUCUGGAUGGGUGCUUCUAAAUCUUCAGCAAAUUGGAUAUUAUCGAGUGACGUACGAUGACGAAUUAUGGUCCCAAUUAGCAAGAGGGCUACAGGAAGACAAUUUCGACGGCAUCCCAGAUUUAAACAGAGCCCAAAUAGUAGACGACGUUUUAACGUUAGCAAGAGCCAGGCAGCUUUCUUAUUUAGAUGCCUUCAAUACUAUUUCGUUCCUUGCAAAGGAUACCAGCUAUUAUCCCUGGUACUCUGCAUUCACAUCAUUUUCAUAUUUGAGACGAAGGUACCAAACGCAUGCUACGCUUGGAUCACUAUUUAGGGCCCAUCUGUUGGAAGUAAUGGAUUCCGUUUACAACAGCGUUUCAUUCGCAAGAAACUCUUCAGAAUCAUAUAUAGAAGUUCAGAAGAAAGAACUCGCAUUGCAGUGGGCUUGCAAUUUAGGACACACUGAAUGUAUACAAAGAGCGCAAGACUUAUACAGAUCCUUAAGGAACAACAACAGAGCAGUCAACCCGGACAUUAGAAGUGUUGUAUACUGUACAGCUUUGAGAUAUUCUAAUGAUUCUUCCGACUGGUACUUCUUAUGGAAUAAACUAACGCAAGAAACUCUCGCUACGGAAAUCAGUCUGAUCAUAACUGCUUUGGGAUGUUCAAGGAAUGAAACUUUACUCGAUGAGUACAUGACCCGCGCUUUAGACUCUUCAGCUGGUUUAAUACGAAGACAAGAUAUUACUUCAGUGUUUUCAUCAGUUUAUGGAAACAAUCCCGAAGGAAUCGAAAUCGCCUUAAAUUACGUACAGAAUAAUUAUCAAUCGUUCAUUGAUUACUUUCGGGCACCAACCAAAAACUACUGCUUUGAUUCUAUUAUUAUUGCUAACUUAAGUGGAAACUUUCUAUUUCUAGUCAACAUGGUACACAUCGUCCAUUUUGCAACUAUAUUUUUGGUAGUCUGCACCACUCGUGCCCUAGAUCUCUACAGAUUAGGACCCACAGUAACUCCAACUCAUUAUGACGUAGAAUUAACCCUUCUCCCAGGAUUCGGUCCUGCAGCAUCCUUUUCAGGACGAGUAGAAAUUACUUUGGAGACUAUAGCAUUAGUUACGUUAUUCGAUCUUCAUGCUAGCAGUUUAACCUUUAACAGCAUUCGAAUUUACAAUACUGAUGAUCCUGCGCAAACUAACAUAUUUCGCAGUUAUAGCAAGAAUGCAACUUUUGGUGAUAAGUUGUGGAUCAGAACAACGACAGAUUUAGUGGUUGGAGAAACUUAUAUACUUGUAGCCGAUUACACUGGAAUAUUGCACGAUGACAUGAACGGAUUCUACAGAAGUUCGUAUAGAGAUACGAACGGAAGUACGAGAUGGCUUGCAACAACUCAAUUUGAACCCACCUAUGCUCGAAGAGCUUUUCCGUGUUUUGACGAGCCGAAUCUCAAAACUACGUUUCGAAUAUCUAUUAUUCACCCUGAAGAUGUCCAUGCGCUCAGCAACACGCCCAUAGUCUCUACCCAAAUAUACAACCAAACCUUAGGCCUAACUAGAACAACAUUCCAACAAACUCCAACAAUGUCCACGUAUCUUAUUGCGUUCGUUGUAUCCGAUUUUACCGGUUUAACCAACACUUCGAUUAAUUACGGGGUAUACGCCCCGCCCCAUCUCAUUAACACCACCCAAUAUGCAUUUGACAUUGGCCCAAAGCUACUUACAGAAAUGGGGAACUUCAUAAACCACUCAUAUUUAGACUCUGGAAUUGGUAAAUUGGAUCAGGUCGCUAUUCCCGAUUUCUCAGCGGGAGCUAUGGAAAAUUGGGGACUUAUUACUUACAGACAGGGCUUACUGCUGUAUGACGAAGAGGAGUCAACGUUAAGUAGAAAAAGAUCUAUAGCAACAACUAUUAUGCACGAAAUAGCCCAUAUGUGGUUUGGAAAUUUGGUAACUUGCGAUUGGUGGUCAUUCGCUUGGUUAAAUGAAGGAUUCGCAAGAUACUUUCAAUAUUUUGGGACAGCAUGGGUUGAAACCGAAAUGGAGUUGGAUAAAAUAUUUGUAGUGGAACAAUUACAAACCGCUCUCGCUAAUGAUGCAUCAGCUUCCUCUCCACCGCUUAGCUCAAAUUGUUCCUCACCAAGCGAAAUCGAAGAUAAAUUUAGUACAAUUACUUAUGAUAAAGGCGCCUCCAUCAUUAGAAUGGCAAAACACUUUCUAGGAUACGACAACUGGAGAUCAGGUCUCAUAGACUAUAUAUCGACAUACCAAUAUGCAACAGGAACCGCCAGACAAUUGUUCGCUAGGUGGACGAAUGGAACAUUACCUUCAAGAUUAUCGGUAGCCGCCAUUUUACUCAGCUGGACUGACCUUGGAGGCUUCCCUGUGGUAAAAGUGUCUUUGUCUGGCAAUGACGUAGUCAUCACGCAGAAACAAUUUCUGCUAAACUCUUCGCAAACAUCGAGGGAUGAAUAUUACGUACCCAUCACUUACACCACUUCCCUUGAACGCAAUUUCAACAAUACUACACCGUCUUAUUGGUUGGUACCAAGAGAAAAUUUAACCAUUUCUAAUAUUCUUCAGGGAAGAUCUGGAUGGGUCCUUGUUAAUCUUCAACAAACAGGAUAUUACCGAGUGACAUACGACAACGAGCUAUGGUCUCAAUUAGCACAAGGACUACAAAGAGAUAAUUUCGACGGUAUUCCAGAUUUAAACAGAGCGCAAAUAGUAGACGAUGUUUUGACAUUAGCAAGAGCGAGACAGCUUACCUAUUCGAGCGCCUUAAAUACAAUUGCGUUCCUUUCAAAUGAUACUAGCUAUUAUCCUUGGUACUCUGCAUUCACCAGCUUUUCAUAUUUAAAAAGGAGAUUCCAGACGCAUGCAACUCUUGGGACGACAUUAAGGGACUAUCUGUUGGAAAUAAUGGAUUCACUUUACAAUAACGUUUCGUUCACAAGAAAUCCUUCGGAAUCAUACGUGGAUGUGCAGAAGAAAGAACUCGCAUUGCAGUGGGCCUGCAAUUUAGGACACUCUGACUGCAUAGAACAAGCACAGGAUCUGUAUAGGUCCUUAAGAAGUAACAACAUAGCUGUCAACCCGGACGUUAGAACUGUGGUGUACUGUACCGCUUUGAGAUAUUCUAAUGACUCUGGCGAUUGGUAUUUCUUAUGGAAUAAACUAACACGAGAAACUCUGGCGUCAGAAAUCAUUCUAAUCAUAAAUUCCUUAGGAUGUUCCAAGAAUGAAACUUUACUCGAUGAGUACAUAACCCAAACUUUAAACACUUCGGCUGGUAUAAUACGAAACCAAGACAUUGGUUCAGCAUUAGCAUCAGUUAGCGGAAGUAACCCCGAAGGAAUCGAAAUCGCUUUCAAUUACGUAAAGAACAAUUAUCAAUUCCUUAUUGAUUAUUCCAACGAUACUUCAACAGUGCUAAGCAUUUUAUCUAAUAUAGCAGGCAGGAUGACCAACGAAACUCAAAUUCAAAAGCUGGAGUCAUGGAUUUCCGAAAAUUCAAACAGUUUGUCAGCUAUUUCGUCCUCAGUCCAAAGCUACAUUAGGAGUGCAAGAAAUAAUCUUGUUUGGGAUCGAGAAACUGCAGUUCAAUUGAACAAUUUCUAUUUUUCCAAUUCGUCCUCUUUCUAUUCGUCUUCUUAAGCAACAGCCUAACCGACUCUUCAUUAUUAUCCUUUUAAUUAAAGCAUCAUAUUUGUAAUGAGUUACUUAUAUAAAUAAAUAACUACAUGCAG